AUGGUAGGUGAGGGUAUAAGUGUAUUUAUCGAAGUGGAUUCAGUCGUUGCAGAUGACGAUGGAUUUGUGAUUCGUAUAGAAGAGCCAUCUAAGUCUGUUCCAGUUUCCGUCAAAACUCAAAAAAGGGAAAUUCUAAGAAUUUCAACUCGUCCUAUUGAUUUGAACAGAAAAUAUCCUUCCAUUUUUGAAGAAUUUCUUCCUAGAGACAUUGGAAUUCAACCUCAUGUCAAGCUAACCUCUAAAGUUCUUGAACUUGAUGCAGAACAACUAAUGUAUCAAACUUCAACUUGUAGACAAUUAGCUGCAGAUCGACUUGUGAAACUCUUAAUGUUAUCAAGAGUUAAUAAAGUAACUGUAAGUGUCGUUGAUCAAUUGAAAUGGGACUUGGGUCUUCCUAAAGAUUAUGUUCAAAGUAUAGUUCCUGAUUUUCCAGAUUACUUCAAAGUUGUAGGACAUCAAAAUUUUGCAUCUGGAUUAGGUGAUACGCGGGUAUUGGAAUUGGUAUGUUGGAACAAUGAAUUGACCACUUCAGUUGUAGAGAAGAUGGCUGCAAAAGUAAAGUUUGAUACAUAUAAAGGAAUGCAUAUUACUUUUCCUAUGAAAUACUCGAACGGUUUUGAGAUGGAUAAGUUCAAGAAAUGGGUGGAUGAGUGGCAAAAGCUACCUUACAUCUCUCCCUAUGAAAAUGCAUCACAUCUUUCUCCUAAUAAUGAUGAAUCUGAAAAGUGGACUGUUGCGAUUUUACAUGAGCUUCUUCAUAUGCUUGUCACGAAGAAGACUGAGAAGGAAAAUAUAUUGUGUAUAGGGAUAUUCUACAUAUCAAGUAAGGCUGGAACCUACAUGGUUGUCUUGAAAGAGGGGUAUAAAAGGGGUUCCGUGGUUGAGAGUAAUCCUUUGAUGAACAUUAGAAACAAGUACCUUCACCUUAUGAACAUAGUGGAGGAAGACAAACAACAAGCAAGCAUAUCGGUACUCGCCAACAGAAGCAAAAACAGAAAGAAAGGUCAGAUGAUGCAGCCCGAGAACAUAAUGAAGCUGAAUUACUCAACUCCUCGGAUGAUGAAGAUGAAGAUGAAAAUACUUCUAGUCGUCGUAAUGUUAAAAUGUCUUGAUUUAUCUGUGGCUGGAACUUAG